AUGGCUUCUUCAUCGAAUAAAGACACUCAGGAGACGAGUUACGUUGAGAUGGACAACAAGGACGACGCCACGCUCAUUGGCAAGCACUGCGAAUACGACUACUGCAACCAGCUCGACUUCCUCCCUUUCUUCUGCCAGUCCUGCCGAAAGACUUUUUGCCUCGACCACCGAUCCGAGACAUCACAUAAAUGCACAAACGAGGGUGCUUGGGCAGAGCGGAAACGCCUGGCGCAGCUGGCCCACCCCUCGAUCGGCCAGGGCAAGGUGCUGCGCGACAAGGUCUCGCAGAAGCCGUGUGCAUCGCCGGUCUGUAAGACAGUCGUCGGGACAUCAUUAACGCCGGGGGUGCACUGUCAAACGUGCAACCGCGACUAUUGUUUGAAGCAUCGAUUAAAGGAGGAUCACGACUGCAGCAACUUGGUUCCCAUCGGAGCCCGACCGGCUCAGUUUGAUGUUGGCCAAAAGACCAAAUCAGCUUUCGACAAGCUGCGCGCAUGGGGCACGGCGAAGAAAGAACAAGCUGGUCGAGCACUACCAAAACCGAAGCCCAGCUCCGCCGCCGCUCGACUGGUCGCCGUGAACAAGCUCAAGAAAUCAGCCAAGGGGGACGACAAGGUGCCUGUGGAGAAGAGAGUCUACAUCUACGUGGAGGCAGAGGCAGAAACUGCAAAGGCAAAGUUUCCCAAGGGGGAGUUCUUCUUUUCCAAGGAUUGGGUGAUUGGCCGAGUGCUGGAUGCAGCGGCCAAGAGUCUCCAGGUACAGAACAUCAACAACCAGAGCACUGAUGAACGGAAUAAGCUACGGGUGUUUCAUGUGGAGGGAGGAAGGCUUCUAGAGUUCAAUGAGAAGGUCGAAACGGCGUUGCAGAGCGGGAACACGGUGGUAUUGCUGAGGGGGGUUGGCCCUCCUCCUGAUCUAAUUGAUGAACUAAUGCCUCCUCUUGUACCGCGCAAACGACUGCGUGAGUCGCCGCCUUCAGGAGAGAAAAGGCCGACCAAAUCCGCAAGGGGAAAGGCCAGCGGGGAACAGCGCAAGGCGACUCUGUACGACGACCUAGAUGCAACUGCGACUCCAUUAUCCUCGAAGAACUCGAAUUCCAUUCUUCAAAAUUUCGGCGAUGAUGAUGACGACGAUGAGAGUUCUUUGACGUCACUUUCCGAUGAAGAAUUUGAAGAUGUUGUACCACCAAAGCAGACCCCCGAGGACGACUCCGGAGAUGAUGAAGACAUCGAGUUUGAAGAUGUCGAGGCCCCUGCUGCACCUAUCCCGGAUGCGCCGGUUGGGACUGGCGACUUGGAGCUGACCCUGAUCAAAGAUACCAGAAUAUCUUUGAUUAACGCAUUUGGCGAUAAAAAGGGACGCACCAAGCGAGAGAAACAGGUUCGCAAUGCUACUCACUGCGUCCAUGUCCUGUUGCUUUUGUGGCACAACGCUCUCCGGAACUCCUGGCUCUGCGAUCCAGAAGUACAAGCAACGAUGAUUUCCCACCUUCCGCCUAAGCUGUGGGACGAGGUUGAUCGCUGGAGUAAAAAUAGCGGUUUAACACAGCAACCUGUCGCAAAGCCGCCCGCCAAAGGUCAGAGGAAGACAAAAGGCAAAGGAAAAACGCCAGUCGACAGAAAAUCUCGGGAUUGGGGAGCAGGAGCAGAGAGACUUGAGGAGGGAGCUGUUGAUAUGAGCCAUGGUGACCCCCUGUUUCGCCUGAUGACGGCCUUGGCGUCUUGGUGGAAGCAAAGGUUUCGGGUAACUGCCCCCGGUCUCAGGAAAUGGGGUUACAUGUCUCUCGAGAGGCUCGAUCGACUUUGCAAGGCUCAAGAAGCUGAAGAGCAUGAUCCAGAGAGAUUUGGGGAGCGAAUAAACAACUUGGAGGACUUUCGCCAGUCUGCUCGGAAUUGCGUGGGAAGCCGAGACGUGGGCGCUCAGCUCUUCACGGCAUUGCUUCGAGGGCUAGGACUUGAGGCACGGAUGGUUGCCAAUCUUCAGACCAUGGGAUUCGGUUGGAACAAACUGGAAGAUGCUGAGCUUGAGAAGGAAGACGGCCCGGUCGAUGGACAUUCGACGCCCGAGAAGGGCAAGAAAAAAGAAACAUUGACGAAUAAGAGCAAAGGAAAACAGCCACCCAAGAAAGCAGACAAGAAGAAUGCUGGAAAGCCGACAAGACCUACCAGAGCGACGAAAGAGAACAAAACCGUGGACUUGAGCGAUUCAGACGAGCUGGGUUUGGAAUACAAAGACACCGACGACGAGUCUGUCGUGGAACUGAAAGUUACACCCAGGAAGGGGUCAACCCUUGUGAAAAAGUACGACGCCGACUUGGAAUUUCCUCACUACUGGACCGAAGUCUUGUCACCAAUUACCAAAAAGUAUCUGCCCGUUGAUGUCUUGACCAAGAAUGCGAUUGGGACAAAUAGAGAUAUCAUCGAGUCUUUCGAACCACGUGGUGCCAAGGCAGACAAGGCACGACAAGUGAUGGCAUACAUCAUGGGGUAUUCACAAGAUGGAACAGCCAAAGAUGUUACGAUUCGGUAUCUGAAGCGAAACAUGUUUCCCGGACGGACGAAAGGCGUGAGGAUGGUCCCAGAAAAGGUUCCGGUUUAUAAUCGCCAUGGAAAGGUGAAGCGAUACGAGCAGUUCGACUGGUUUAAAACUGCGGUUUCUGGAUACCGGAGGGGUACCAAGAGACAUCCCAUUACAGAGCUUGACGAAAUUGAAGACGCUACGGAUUUGAAGCCUGCAAAGCCAGAGAAGAAAGAAAUCAAAGAAGGCCAAGAGACACUGCAAUACUACAAGCAGUCCAAGGAAUUCGCCCUUGAGCGCCACUUCAAACGAGAAGAGGCUCUGAGGCCGGGUGCAGUGCCCGUCAAAGUGUUCAAAAACAAAGCUAAGGGCGGGAUAAUGGAGGAAGAAAAUGUCUUUCUCCGUAGCGACGUCGUGCAAGUGAAGAGCGCCGAAACAUGGCACAAGCAAGGAAGGGCGCCGGUUCAAGGAGAACAGCCCCUGAAGAGGGUCCCUUACCGUGCAGCCACCACCAAUCGACGGCGGGAGAUUAUGGAGGCAGAGGCUGCAACAGGAGCGAAGGUCCUUCAGGGUCUUUUUAGUCUUGAACAAACGGAUUGGAUCAUCCCGCCACCGAUCAAGGACGGAGUCAUUCCUAAGAAUGAAUAUGGGAACAUUGACCUAUUUGCAAAGCAUAUGUGUCCGCAGGGCGCUGUCCAUGUUCCAUAUCGUGGGACGACGCGGGUUUGCAAGAAACUCCAGAUCGACUAUGCCGAAGCAGUCGUGGAUUUCGAGUUUGGGCAUCGCAUGGCCGUUCCGGUUAUCCAAGGUGUUGUCAUUGCAGAGGAGAAUUAUGACAUUCUCAUGGAGGAGCUUGAAAAGGCCGAAGCCGAGCGUAUACGAAAGGAAGACGAGAAGCGUCGAAAAGCGGCGCUGGCCCAGUGGAGAAGGUUCCUCAUGGGGAUGCGGAUUGCCGAAAGGAUUCGACAGGAGUACGGAGAGAUCGACGACCAGGUUUCAGUGUUUGGGCACAGUAAGGGUGCUCUUCACGGUAAUCAGCAACCGAAAGUCCACGAUGAAGAUACGGCAGGCGGAUUUCUACCCGAAGGAUACGAAGAAGACGAGGAGGUUGAGGGGCCAGCACAUCAUGCCUCUAGUUUCUUCCCAGCCGUUGACGAGGAAGAUGACGGAGAUGACGGCCUCGUGAUGGAAGAGAACACGGAAGCCCAGGAAAACAAGGAGGCCGAGAUUGAGGUUGAGGCGGAUGAAUAUGAUGAAGGCCAGAAUGUUGAUAGCGAGGAUGACUACGAGGACCAUGAGAUGCAAGACGCCUCUGUUGACUCCUACGAGGACGAAUAG